AUCCCGCGGAGUCCAAUGUCAUUAAAAAUCUUAUCAAAACCUAGCAUACAUCGUUUCCUCCGCAAUUUCCUUCGAUUCGUCCGCAGUCUCGGUUAAAGAGUAGACGCGCGUCGUCGAAGCGCAAGCAUCCAGCAAUGAAAACAAUCGGAAUAAGUCUGCUUGUCCUCGUGUCGUCAGUACUCGGAGAGGAUGAAGACUGCAGGACAGUUGACUUGAGUUUCGAAUUAUGUCAGAAGUCAGGCGCAUUCCUACAGUAUAUUCAUAUCGCAGAUGCGAUUAGCGUAAACAAGGUCGAGGAGAAGUCUCCGAGAAGUCAGAUGUCCACCCCCGCGCCAAUGUCACCCGAAAAUCUUCUCAUCGAAGCGCACAUAUGCUAAUUCCACAGUCGUUGUCUUUCAGUUGAUCGCGGUCUGCAGUCGAGAGCAGACGCGUGCUAUCGGCGAUCAAUCUUCAUCGCAAUGAAGGUAAUCAUCGGAAUAAGUUUGAUUUCACUCGCAUCGUUGGUCCUCGGGGACGAAACCUGCAGAGACGUUGAUGCGGGAUGGAAAGUAUGUGAGGAAUCCCAGACGAUCAAUCGCAUCGCGGAGGAGAACGCGCUUUUCCAGAGUGUUCUCACCCUCGACUUGACGAAGGACACCACAAUCGGUGAAAACUCCUUCAGUACUCCGAAACUUGAGUUACUUUACCUGCAGUUCCCCUACUUAAGCAAACAGAACAUAUCUGCCGCUCGGUCGCUGUCAUUGCGGCCGAAUUCGUUCGCUGGUCUGGCCAAGUUGGAACAUCUGAAUAUCGAAAAUACCUACCUCAACUUCACUCGCGGCACUACAUUCGCUCCGCUUGGAGCACUGAAAGGUUUAGAACUCAAAAGGUGUAGAUUAUCUGAAGUGCCUACUAAAUUGCUGGAGUCCAUGCCUGUACUUGAGGAAUUGACGCUGGAAGACAACGAAAUAACUGCGCUUUAUCCAAAUGACUUUGCACCGCUGAAACAUCUGAAAGAGUUGGACCUGAGCUCCAAUGAAAUUGUCGCCAUUGCGCCGGGUUCGUUCGAUGGACUCAGUACACUGAGAGUACUGGAUGUGUCUGACAAUGCUCUCCCAGCGUCGCCAGAACUCUUCAAGGGAUUGAGGCUGUUGAAGGAACUCCGUCUAUCAAAAUGCUUUGAUCACAAUGGGUUUCAAACAAAUGUAUUUCAAGAAGUUCCGUAUCUUGAGAAACUGCAAGUGGGUUUCAAUAAUAUAACGACUCUGACCCCCGGCAUGUUCGACGCUGUCUUGUCACUCCGAGAGCUGUCAUUGUACGGUAAUAAAAUUCGCGAGGUACCGAAGCGUGUGUUCGAACGACUGAGGUCUCUCAAAGAAAUUUCUCUCGCUGACAAUGAAAUCGAGACGAUAACACCGGGUGCUUUCGGUUUCCUGGAUCUCGAUGACUUGAUACUUUCUCUCAAUCGCCGGCUGACAACCAUUUCGACUGAGACGUUCAGGGGUCUCACUGUUCGCCGCUUGUCUCUGGCCAAAUGCAAUAUUGCGACGAUUGAACCGAGAGCUUUCAAUGUCACGCGUGUGACACGGUCCCUGGAUUUAACUGAGAAUGUUUUAACCGAAGUCGGGGCUGAGGAUUUUGCUGGACUCUGGACCAAGGACCUGGAUCUCAGCCAGAACCGCAUCGGAACCAUCGCUCCGAACGCUUUCAAGGACACUGUGAUGAAACGAUUUGGUUUUUACGGGAACGCGAUUAAGCGUGCGAACAGAGAUCAGUGGGGUAUCAAAGAAUCGGUUGAGAUUAUGAUGUAAAUGCUGGGUGAUUGCCUGGGGCAGUUGCAGAAUUACUCUGUAGAAAGCUUGUUAUUUACUGUAAAUAUAUUCAUCAUUUUUACUAGACAUUAACUCCCUUCAUUAAAAAAUAGUUUAAACUCUUUCUUCUAUGAAUGUAUUUUGAUGUAAAUUGUUUUUUAAUAUAAAAUACAAUGUUACAAAUUUCUGUGUCAAAUUCCUGAAAUUGUUAUCGUGUUCAAGUUCCACUGAAAUUUCAGGAAAUCUUGCCAUUGAAAAAUCAAAUAUUCCGUUGAUUUUCUGUUCAAAUGAUCUGGAAAUCAAUAAAAUUCUUUUUCAGUUCAAUUAUUCUGUGAAAAUCCAUAGAAAUGAGGGAAAUCCAUAUCAUUUUGAUAUUCGAAUCUCAUGAAUUUCCGUGAAUUCUACUUAAACCUUAAACUUUCAUAAACAUUUUUUCCUUCAAUCCGAUUCAACCUCACUCCCACAAGAUUUACCACAAUAUCUCCCAUGAAAUUAAAAAAAAAUUGAAAUAGCUGCA